UAGAUCUGUGUUUUCUCCCUUGGUCUCUCGGGUCUCUCUCUGUCUGGUUGAGUAAUGAACCAGGAUAUGGUUGGCCACUGCCCAAAGCAGCGCAUCCUGAUUGGCUGGCUCUCGGCUCCCUUGUGCCAUGAUUGGGCACUGUGUACUUAGCUGCAUAUUUUACAGAGGAAAAGACAGUCUGGAUUUGGAAAACCGAAGGUAGUGAUGCAAGACAAAGAAUCUGUGGGAAUAUCAACAUAGCACUCCAAUCUGUAUGCGGUGUGUGUGUGGACCAGAGGUCAGGGCGAUGGGAUCAUUCCUGGAUCUCCAAGAUUCCCUUCACAGGCAUUCGACCCCCCAUUAUGAACGGGCCCAUGCACCCACGUCCCUUGGUGGCUCUGCUGGAUGGGCGUGACUGCACAGUGGAGAUGCCCAUCCUGAAGGAUGUGGCCACGGUGGCAUUCUGUGAUGCACAGUCCACCCAGGAGAUUCAUGAGAAGGUGCUGAAUGAAGCAGUGGGGGCACUCAUGUAUCAUACCAUCACACUAACUCGGGAGGACCUGGAGAAGUUCAAAGCACUCCGAAUAAUUGUUCGGAUUGGCAGUGGGUUCGACAACAUUGACAUAAAGUCCGCAGGAGACUUAGGCAUUGCUGUGUGUAACAUGCCAGCAGCAUCAGUGGAAGAAACAGCAGACUCGACCCUGUGCCACAUUCUGAACUUGUACAGACGGACCACCUGGCUUCACCAGGCUCUGCGGGAGGGCACACGUGUGCAGAGCGUGGAGCAGAUCAGAGAGGUGGCAUCGGGUGCUGCCAGAAUUCGAGGAGAAACUCUGGGCAUCAUUGGACUGGGACGUGUGGGCCAGGCAGUGGCAUUGAGAGCCAAAGCCUUUGGGUUCAGUGUGAUCUUCUACGAUCCAUACUUGUCGGAUGGCAUGGAGCGAGCACUGGGGCUGCAGCGUGUCACCACCCUGCAGGACCUCCUCUUCCACAGUGACUGUGUCACCCUGCACUGCAGCCUGAAUGAGCACAACCACCACCUCAUCAAUGACUUCACCAUCAAACAGACAUGGCUGGAUGUAAUCAGACACCCCAACAUAACAGCCGAAGAAGUUUGCAAACAAGGACUAAGGGUAUGCGGCGACCACUUUGAAGGCACCGACUACCAAGGCGACCGUCUGAAGCCUGGAGCUGUAUCCACCGUUUUCCCAUCGGUGGUCGAACUGGUCGAGAUGCGGCAAGGUGCGUUCCUGGUAAACACAGCACGAGGGGGGCUGGUGGAUGAGAAGGCUCUGGCCCAAGCUCUGAAGGAGGGGAGGAUACGAGGGGCAGCACUGGACGUUCACGAGUCAGAGCCCUUCAGUUUCAGCCAGGGUCCGCUGAAAGAUGCCCCAAACCUGAUCUGCACACCCCAUGCCGCUUGGUACAGCGAGCAGGCCUCCAUAGAGAUGAGAGAGGAGGCAGCCAGGGAGAUCCGCCGGGCCAUCACAGGACGCAUCCCAGACAGUCUGAAGAACUGUGUGAAUAAAGACUAUCUCACACAGGCCACGCACUGGGCAGGCAUGGACCCUGCAUCUAUUCACUCUGAGCUCAACGGAGCUUACAGCAGGUAUCCCCCUGGUGUGGUGAGCCUGGCCUCUGGAGGCCUCCCGCCAGCUGUGGAAGGAAUUGUGCCCAGCGCGAUGCCCAUUUCCCAUGGCCUGCCCACCAUCACCCAACCACCCCACGCCCCCUCCCCUGGCCAGACUGGCAAACCGGAGGCUGACAGAGAGCAACACCCCAGUGACCAGUUGUAGCCCCCCUACCUCUGUUCAAUCACAGAACACUCCUUUUCCUUGACCCUGCCCCCUCCCCCAAACAAGAGGCUGGAAGCAUUGGUUAACAACAGUGAAAACCAUGGAUUCACAGAACAUACAGAUCUCCAACUCAUCAAAAAGUGGCAACUAAGUCUUUGGUUCUUUUAAAACUGUUCUUGCCCAGGAGAACAGUGUAAUGGAUUUGAUAAGAAAAGAAAGAAGAGAAAUCUUUAAGUAUAAAUUGUAGUUCGUCCCUAUACAGUGGGCUAAUUUUAACUGUUUCUGUGUCCUAUGGGUUCCAUGUUAAGCAAGAGUAGUUAAUUAUAUCAUGAAUGUAACCUGUCUGUGUACAGUUUUUAGAACAUAUAAAGGGUUUGUUUGUUUAACGCUGAAAAAAAACAAGCAAAAUCAACAUUCAUCUUACUAAUUUCAGAGUCAAAAAAAUAAUCUUUUAUUUGUUUUUAUAUGUUCCCACAGGCCCCAGAUGUGGCAGUUUUGCAAACGUUCUCAGGAAAUUCAAUUUUGUUUCCUCUUCUUUUUCACUCUAUACCACAUAGUGCAUUGUUUUUGUAACUGCUUGUCUUUUUUUUUUUUUUUUUAGAGAGAAAUUUAGUAAAGAAUAACAAAAAACAUUUAAUUUUCCAUUUUUAUUUUAAAGGGUAUGGAUUCCCUCCAUUUCAAAUACUCAAUAAAAACUAGUUAGACAUUUUGGGAAAAACUUUAAAAAAAUGUGUCUCAAACAAACCUGGCAAUAUGCUUGUGUCACCUGUUUCAGUGUAACUCCAUUGGUGGUAAUGCGUCUGAUGGGCAGCCCCAGACAGUUGGACGAGUAGCAGAGUUUCUUUGCCUACAUUGGUUCCCUCCUGGUCAAGUGGUAGGCUAGCAAUAUAUAUAUAUAUUUUUUGGUUAAACAAAAAAAGAAGAAAAGAAAUGUUUGUGACUGUAUCCAUUUGUAUGAAUUAUUUUAAAAAGGAAUAAAAUCAGUUCAAAGCUUGCCUGUGUGAGUGAGAGAAGUGAGUGUUUUCCCACUGUCAAAGUAAAGCUAUUAAAAUUAUUUUUGUGAA